AUGGAUUUCGAGUUAUCACAGGUAGAUACACUUGCCUCUUUCUUCUUCGUCUCGCCUCCACUCGUCCUCGCGUUGUGCCCCGUCAGCUGUGGCGCCGCCUGCGAAGCUCAGCUAGGCAGCAAAAUGGCGCGACGAGUGGCUCUGUCGACUCGGGAAAAAUGGAAAGAAGAGAAGGGUCGGCGGAAUCGGGCAGGGAGAUGUGACGAGGAAAUGAACCCACUGUUCAAAGGGGACGGCGACGGCGAGAAAUCGAGGGAGCGGAAGUUGAGGCGGCGCCAGCAGCUAGGGUCGAGGGAGGCGCGGUACCAGGACUUGCAGACGAAGGGGACGGCGACGGCGAGAUCUCCGAGGGAGAGUGAAGCUGAUAAUCAAUUGAAGGAGUGGAUUUUACUUAAAUGUUUAUUGGCACAAAAGGUCACUAGCAGCAAUACAAUAGCAGUUUCCCAACAUAUAUAUGACAUAUUCAGUGUUUUUAAGUUGUUCAUAGAUAGAUUUUUUAGUUUCUAUGUUGUUUUAGUACAUCUUUUUACUGGAAUUGUGAUGGAUAAAGGUUGGAUGUUUUUACCAAGACAAAAUGAGGAAUACAGAAAAGGACUUGAGAAUUUUCUAGAUUUUGCAUUUUCUAAUGCAAACAUUAAUGGAAUGAUUGCAUGUCCUUGUGCAAGAUGUAAGAUUGGCAUAUGUGUUUCAAAAGAGGAUGCUUAUGAGCAUUUGAUGGUUGACGGAUUUAUCAAAGGUUAUACUCACUGGGUGGCUCAUGGAGAGAUAUCUUGUAGUGCAUAUUCAAUAUCUAGUUCGGUUCCGUCUCAUGAUGAUGUAGAUGACAUGGAGGGACUAGUUCACGAGGCUUUUGGGGUCCAACAACACGAUGGUAGUACAAUUAAUACAGCAGGAUUUGAAAAGGAUACAGAUAUUCCAAUUGGAGAGGUCGAGACAUUCUAUAAAUUAAUUGAUGAUGCACAGAAAGAGUUAUAUCCUGGAUGCAAGAAAUUCUCAAAACUUGCAUUCAUCAUUCGCUUGCUUCACUUAAAAUGUCUUGGGAAAAUGGCCAAUAAAAUCUUCAAUAUGCUUUUGGAUUUGUUGAGAGAAGCAUUUCCUAAUGCCAUGAAAGAUUUACCAAAGUCAUACUAUGAAGCAGAGAAAUUGAUGAAGAAAUUAGGACUUGGUUAUGAAAAGAUCGAUGCUUGCCCUAAUGAUUGCACUUUAUACUGGAGAUUGGAUAAAGAUAAAGUUCGAUGCAAAACAUGCAAUGAGCCCAGAUGGGAAACAUCCGAAGAUGAUCCUAUUGGUGACAAGAGUAAAGUUGCAUGUAAGGUUUUAUGGUAUUUUCCAAUAAAGCCUAGGUUACAACGUUUGUUCAUGUCCUGCAAAACGGCAGUCCAUAUGAGAUGGCAUUCUGAAUCUCGCACAAAAGACAGUUACAUGCGACACCCAGCUGAUUCCCCAGCUUGGCAAACGUUUGACCAUAACCACCCAGAAUUUGCGAAGGAUCCCCGAAACAUAAGGCUAGGAUUAGCUUCAGAUGGGUUUAAUCCAUUUAAAAAUAUGAGUAUGGUGCAUAGUACGUGGCCAGUCAUUUUAGUGACUUAUAAUCUUCCACCAUGGAUGUGUAUGAAACAACCAUACUUUAUGUUAUCAUUGCUAAUACCUGGUCCAUCUACUCCUGGAAAUAACAUCGACAUUUACUUGCAGCCUCUUAUUGCAGAUUUGAAGGAUUUGUGGGAAGUAGGAGUACAGACAUAUGAUGCAUCAACCAAGCAGAAUUUUCAAUUGCAUGUCGCAUUACUAUGGACGAUAAGUGAUUUUCCUGGAUAUGCAACCCUAUCUGGAUGGAGCACCAAAGGUAAAUUUGCAUGCCCAGUGUGCCACAAAUUUACACAUUCACGGUGGUUAAAAAAUGGUAAAAAAUAUUGCUAUAUAGUUCACCGCAAAUUUUUGAACAGUGAUCAUGAGUUUCGCAAAGAUGCUCAACAUUUCGAUGGAACAGAAGAGUAUAGAAGACCACCACCAAUACUUACAGGAGACAUAGUAAUAAAUGAGUUGAAAAUUUUUAAAUUUAAAUUUGGAAAAACAGUUGAUGAUAAUCAAGAACUACCAUUCAAUUGGAAAAAGAUGAGUAUUUUCUUCAAUUUACCAUAUUGGAAAAAUAAUGUGAUACGUCACAAUCUUGAUCUUAUGCAUAUUGAAAAGAAUGUGUGUGAAUCAAUUUGUGGGACAUUGCUAAAUAUGGAAGGGAAAACGAAAGAUAAUAUUAAAUCACGUCUUGAUUUGCAAGAAAUUGGGAUAAGAUCAGCACUUCAUCCUAUUGAGAAGGGAUCGGGUAGAGUUUACUUGCCUCCAGCAUGUUAUUCAAUGGGGAAAAAAGAGAAGAGUACAUUUUGCAAGGUUUUGAAAAAAGUUAAAGUUCCAGAUGGCUAUGCAUCUAACAUUUCACGAUGUGUUCAAAUGAAACCAGCAAAAUUAAUUGGUCUAAAAAGUCAUGAUAACCAUAUUUUGAUGCAACAGUUGUUGCCGGUAGCACUACGUAAAACUUUGUCUAAAUCAGUUCGGAAUCCUUUGAUUAGAUUGUGUAGGUAUUUCAGAGAGCUAUGUUGUAAAGUAAUUUCUCCUACUGAUGUCGUUCGUAUGAGGAAAGAUAUUGUGGUGAUUCUCUGUCAACUGGAGAAAAUUUUUCCUCCCUCAUUUUUUGACAUAAUGAUUCAUUUGACUGUACAUUUGGCUAUUGAAGUACAACUUGCUGGACCAGUUUACUAUCGUUGGAUGUAUCCAAUUGAAAGUGAACACCGUCAGAUUUUGAAUCUUAGUCAUUCUGGUCUUCCACCUCACCAAAUUGAACGUAUGCAUAGUGAGUCUUUUGCAUCUUGGUUUGCAAAACAUAUCGAAGAUACAAAUCUUUCACAAGAUGAACCAAUAUCAAAUCAUCUGAAAUCACUUGCCAGAGGCCCGAAUUUCAUAGGGAUACGAUAUGAAAAAUUCAUUUCCAAUGGAUUUAGGUUUCAUACAAAAGAAGUAGAACGCAAGAGAAAAACUCAGAAUUGUGGUGUAAUUGUUCGGGCUACUACUUCAAGUUAUUCGAGUAUUAGAGAUCAGAAUCCAAUAUCAAGUGAACUUGAUUAUUAUGGAAUUUUGCAAAAUGUGAUUGAGUUAGAUUACGAGGGAGGUCGAAAAGUUAUUUUAUUUGAAUGUGAUUGGGUCUCCAAAGGCAAACGACUAAAACUAGACGAGGAUGGUUUUAUGUUGGCCAAUUUUACAAAUGUGAAGCGCCAUAAUGAGCCUUAUAUUUUAGCAUCCCAAGCCAUGCAAGUUUUUUAUGUGGAAGAUCCAGUUGAUUGUAAUUGGCAUGUAAUUAUCACCACUGAUGCACGAGGACAUUAUAAAAUGCAACCUAUGGCAGAUGUUGAUACAUACCUUCAAAGUUGUAUUGGUAAUCCUGAAGACCACAAUGAUCAUUAA